AUGGCUCCCUCGGACGGCGACGUCGUUCCCGGAAGUGUCUACCUAUAUCAGCCUGUCAAAUGGGCCCCUCCUAUGUUCGCAGUGUGGUUUGCAGUUGCUACCAUUGCACAUGUCUGGCAAUGUAUCAAAUACAGGGCCUGGAAGGUCACCGGCCUUCAUCCAUUCUGCGGUCUGUUUUUCACAGCAGGAUUUUCCGUACGUUCGUAUGGGGCUUAUAACUACGACAAUGUCGGAGUCUACGUCGCAAGCUCCAUCCUAAUACUCUGCGCGCCCCCCAUCCUAGAGCUGGCCAAUUAUCAUGUGCUAGGUCGAAUACUCUACUACGUCCCAUACCACUCGCCUCUCCAUCCCGGCCGUACCCUAACGACGUUUGGUGCAAUAUCUAGCAUCGUUGAAAUCCUGAACGCGAUCGGCGUCUCCUGGCUAGCGAACCCAAACAUACUUGAGGUCUAUGCCGACACCGGACAUAUCCUCAUGAAGACAUCGCUGAUCUUACAAAUCGUUGUCAUCCUUCUCUUCUGCAUCAUCGCCGGCGUCUUCCACAAACGAUGCAUCAGGGGAGGCAUCAAAUCGGGAAAAGUACAGGGCCCUCUCAUCACUUUGUACAUCAGUCAGGGCCUCAUCGUCAUUCGCACAAUCUACCGCUGCGUCGAACACUUCGGCAUCAGCCGCGUACCCACAACUCCAUCAAAAGACUGGGACCCAAUGAGUCUCUCGCAAAUUGUUCGACACGAAUGGUUCUUCUGGGUUUUCGACGCAAGCUUCAUGCUUGUAAACACCGUGCUAUGGAACUAUCGCCAUCCGCGUCGCUACCUACCGGAGGACUAUCACAUCUACCUGGCUCAGGAUGGGCAGACUGAGCUGGAAGGUCCAGGUUGGAAGGACGACAUGCCGUGGUUUAUGACGUUUAUCGAUCCGUGCGGACUUACGGCAUCUAUGACUGGUGAUAGUCGGAGGGCAAAGAGGCCAUUCUGGGAGAACAACGGCUAUGAGGCUGUCGAACUCGGUCAGAGAGACAAUGAUGGUGCAGGAGUCAAAGCCUGA